CUUGAGCAGUAGCCCAUGCUGCCCUCCGCGGGUUACUUUUGCCAUUUUCCAUGCCCUUUUGACAGCCCCGGGGGUCGGUGCCAGCGUUUGUGCUGCCACUUCAGGCACCGGGAAGUGCGGUGGGAACUGAGCGAGGCAGCUCGUUGCAGCAGCUUGGAGGUGCUCGGAGUGCAGCGGAGACAUGUUGAAUCCAUGGGCACGACUACGGAAGAAUUGGAAAGAAUCAACAAAGAAAUCGAGUCAGUCAAGGCUGAGGUUGCAGAAAAGCAGAAGAGGCUCUCCAGGUUUACUUUAGCACUUGAAGAGCUAUCGCAAAGCCCCGUGGCCUCCUUGAGUGACACAAAUGUGAGACAAGGUUUUCCUGAAAAUAGCCUGCUCCCAAAAGAACAGUGGAAUGAACCGUCAAAGAGCAAAGAGAGUCAGCCUAGAAAGUACGUGAUGGACCACAGAUGUCCAGCAACUGACCUUGAAUAUGAUCCCUUGCUCAAUUAUUCUGCAGGGCUGCUUGGGGCAUCUAAAGCAAAGCAGGGUGAGACUGACAGGCAGCACUUCUGGAAAAAAUCUGUGGGUGGAAAUUGCCACAAGUCCCUGGAGAGCCAAAGACCUUAUGUUUCACCAAUACGAAAUAAAAUAAAUCUUCAAGAUUCUGAUGAAGAUGACCUUGUAAUGGAUGUACCUCCAAUCAUUCCUACUUCUAAGAAAUCUAAACCAUUUAGAGGCUUUAAAUAUCAGAAUAUGGAUGAAAAGAUACAAGUAUUGCCCCCAGAGGACAGAAAUCUUCAGAUCAGUGGUAUAGAAGAGGAAAAGAUAGAUGAAACCCAACUAACCACACAAACAGAUGAUGACAGUAACAAGUUAGAACCACCAAAAUCACACAUGAACACCUCACUAGAUACCAAAACUAACAUAAACUUCUGUGGUGUUAAAAACCACAUUUCUAAGAUGGAAAGCUUCGAUGGUGAGGAAGAGCAUGUCUGUAUUUCAGGAGAAAGUAUAACUUGUGCGCCUCUCAGUGACAAAGAAAUACAGAAGGAAAGUCAUAAUGAAAGUUACCCAAAGAGCAGAAGACAUGUAAAAACAAUUGAUGAUACUCAAAAAGAAGAAACUGAAUGGCGAUAUUCACCAAGCCAACUCCAGUUCUCUUAUUCAGACGAUCAUGUGAAAGACAAAGUUCUGAGAGUACAAGACGACAGUCAAGACUUCACUACUUUUGAAGACAACAGAUUAGUUGAAUUUGAUUUUGAUAAGGAAUGUACUGAAGAUGACACUCCCUCUGAUUCUGAUGACACUGUGAAGGAAUGUCUUCGAAUUUUCAAUAAGUUCACACGAAGCAAAGCUCAUAAGGGAGAGACUGCUAAGCAGCCUUCAGGAAAGCAAAUGGAAUUAGAUAUGCAAUAUUACCAAAACAUUUCUGGACCAAAAAGGAGAAUUGCACACACUGCCAAGUUUGAUGUUCCAACCAGGAAAGAGAUCACUAGCCCAUUCAGGGGACCAGUCCCAUUAAUUAGUCACACUGGAAUCCUUCAGGCCCAGCAACAGGCAGUGCAGAUAAUGGCUGCCAUUAAGUGUGGGCAGGCUUUUGUUGCUGCCACUUCAGAACAGAAAAAAAAUACAUUUGCAUGUCCAGCCUCUCAGACCCAAAGGAAAGCCUCAGGAGAAAAUUCAUGUACAUCAGACAGCCUUCAUGUGGAUGUAGUUCUUUCAAAGGAAAAUCCAACUGCAAAGCCAAACAGAUCACACAUUCCUGUGAAAAGUAUUGCUUCUUUUCCUGUAAAGGCUAAAAUAGAAGAAAAGGCCGUUUAUGAAUGCUGUAGCAGUCGAAAUAUGUAUGUGAACAUAGCAAGAAAUACUCUGAAGAAGCUGAGAGACCAAGCUUCUAGGAAGAUGUGCUGUCGAUGUGGGAAGAUCUAUGGCGUGAUGCCUGCAGGCAAACACAGCAGCAUAGAGGAAUGUCACUACCACUUUGGCCAACUGGUGAGUCAUAAAGGCAAGUAUCUGGUCAUUCCAUUUCAUUUACUUCACGAGCCGGUGCCAAAGCGAUGGGGAGAAAAGUGGAAUAAAGUGUUCAGUUCAAUGUGUAUUUGUUAA